CACACAAUAUUCUAGACAGACACCCAAGAUGAAGACUGCUCUUAUUAUUUGUAUUCUCUUUGCUUCCAUUCUCUUCUCUUCUGUUAUCGCUCGAGAAUUGGCUCAGAGUGGUACUGACCAAACCGGGAAUCACAACAAUCCAGCAGCAACAGAGCCAGGUACUGGUGAUCCGAAAGCUCCAAUAAAGUGUGAUCCUAACAGCCCAGCUUACAGAAGUUGCGUAGCGCAACCAGUACCCAAGGCCAAGUGUCAUCCUAAUUCCGCCUUCUCUCGUUGCCCAGGUACAGGUAGUACUAGUCCAACCGGGAAGAAUCCAGUGAAUCCACCAGUAAAACCAGGUACAGGUAGUACUAGUCCAACCGGGAAGAAUCCAGUGAAUCCACCAGUAAAACCAGGUACCGGCAAAGGCGGGAAUCCUAACAAUCCAGUAGUAAAACCAGGUACUGGCAAACCUACAAAUCCAAACGAUCCAAGAUAUAAACCAGGGCAACCCCCGAGAAACAAGUGUAAUGGUUCGUACCGAUGCAACCCACCUGAAGAGCCUUGAAUAAAUUUAAGCCACGCUAGUUGUUGUGUAAUGGCAGUAGAAUUAAUAAAAUCCAAUAUUGGAAUAUGGGUCGAGCUAGAAUAAAUAGGUUUGGUUUGAAGCUUCGAGCCUUCAGCUGGCCUUGCAGUGUGCUAAUUAAUUAUGUGUAAACUAUGCUUUUAUGGUAUGAUGUGUGUGAAUAAAAAAGAGCUGACUUAGGUCAGUUUUUUUUUCUUA